AUAACAAAACUUGUGUCAGUGUCCAAUUAUUUCUGGACCUAACUGUAUAACAAACUGGCUUUUACAAUACUAAAAGCUUUUUUUUGUUCAUAGCGCUCACCUUGUGUGAUGUAAAAUUGUUAAAAGUUGUAGAUUGUUCCUCGUGAGGAGAAGAACCUAUUUUGCCACAAGAACCCAUACAUUUUCAAAUUUAGAUUUUACUUAAAUAUAUUAAGUCUUCACUGAUAGAAUGAUUGAUCUGCAGAAAACUUGGCAUGUAGCAUAUGUGGACGAGGUCCUAACACCACUACAUUUUCCAGGCUUUACUGACCACUGAAUUUUCAAUUGGGGGCGAUGUCCAACACAUAAAUUGCUAUAAAUCCGUCAGAGAAAGGCAGAUCCUAAUUAAACUUAAUGGACAUGUUCCCAAUAAGGUUAAGACACUAUGAGCGCAAACACGUUCACCAAAACCACAUACAGGCGCUUUAAAUGCUAUGUUUUUAUAUUUUCUAAACCAUUUAACAUGUGUAAAAUAUGAGCUCUCAUUGGCUCAUGUUAUCCCAGAAAUCUUGAAUAAAUUAAGCUGUACAAAGAACACCUGUUUUCAUUUAAACCUAAUAUAAAAUAUCUGCAGUACAUGGAGGCAACCAGGGUACUAAACUAUAAGGCAGAAUAAGUGUCUUUAAAAGAAAAACCACUGUAAUUUAAACUUCAACCAAAAAAUUAAUAUCUUUGUCUCAUGGCAAAAUGUGUAGAAAUACAGGACAUAAGCUGUAAAGCUACAAUAAUAAAAACAUAUCUGUGCCCAUAAAAUAAUUUGUAGAGGGGAGGGUGUGUGUAUGUGUUUAUCUGGGACAUGGAGAAGCUGUGCUGUUGCGUUUAACAAGUUUCUCACUGAUCAAAGGUUCAUGCAUUAGGUGAAAGACCUGGGCCUCACACACUUCACAGUCUCUGUAGCUGCGUCUCUGGUCAGGUAAGACCAAACUACACUGUUCAAGGGAAAUGUACACAGUGUGUUGAUGACUGUGCAGGUUGGCAUGGCCAUGGUUGGCAUGGCCAUGGUUGGCAUGGCCAAGGCUGGUGUGUCAAGAGUUAGCUCAAACCUGUGUCCAGCGGCCAUGCUAACUGUUAGCUUCCACCUAGUGGUGUUGUCUGGUAAUGUAAGGGCCUCCUUAAGAAUUGCUAGGGACACAUGAAAUGCUGUGAGGGAUAGAAGAAAAGCCUUUCAGACCUGGACAAGAUCCAUAACAAGCAGCCCCCUGCUUGUUAUGGAAAGAAAAAUGCAAGCAAGCAAGCACGUUUAUUUAUAUAGCACAAUUCAUACAUUGAAGCAAUUUGAUGGGUUGAGAGAGGAAUGUGUGAGCAUAUUAAGAGAUAAGUCAAUGUGUAACCAACUUAUUCUGCCUGAGGUUUCUUACUCUGAAAAAGGGAUGGAGCUUCCACCGAGACCAAAACUCUUUGACUUUCAUGGAGUCUACAUGACCAACUACUUCACUGAUAAUUGGGACAAUGUCCAGAACUUCCAGGCCAGGCCAAAUGACAUUAUCAUCGCUACCUAUCCCAAAGCAGGGACCACCUGGGUAUCCUACAUUCUGGACCAGCUGUAUUUUGGCCAGUCUGCCCCAGAGAGUCUGACAACUCUCACUGAAAGAGUACCGUUCCUGGAGAUGAAUAUUCCUCUGAUUCCUUCAGGGGUUGAGACGCUGGACAAGUUACCCACCUCUCCUCGCCUCAUCAAGACUCACCUCCCUGUCCAGUUCAUGCCCAGGUCCUUCUGGGAGCAGGACUGCAGGGUGGUGUACGUGGCUCGUAAUGCCAAGGACAGUGUAGUGUCUUAUUUCCACUUUGACCGUAUGAACAUGGCCCAACCUGAGCCAGGAGACUGGAACAACUUCUUACAGAGAUUCAUGGAUGGAAAGAUGGUGUUUGGACCCUGGUAUGACCAUGUGACCGGCUGGUGGGAGAAGAAACAGACUCACUCUAAAAUCCACUACAUGUUUUAUGAAGACAUGAUAGAGGAUAUGGGACGGGAGCUGGACGGACUAUGCUCCUUCCUGGGUUUGUCUCCUUCAGAGGAGGAGAAGGAGAGAGUGAUAGAAGGAUGUCACUUUGACAACAUGAAGAAUAAUAGUAUGACCAACUACUCCACUGACCUAGUCAUGGACUUCAACAUAUCCCCUUUUAUGCGAAAAGGAAAGGUUGGUGACUGGAAGAACCAUUUCACUGUGGCUCAGAGUGAACAGUUUGAUGAAGACUAUCAGAAGAAGAUGAACAACAGUCAACUCCGAUUUCGUUCAACUUUUUAGAACUGACUUGACAACUUUAAUGCUAUGUAAAAUAAUACCACCCAGCUACUGUGAAUGAAUAAAACAUGGCAUCACAAA